AAAUCAAAACAAACCAAAAUAAAAAGCAACAACAACUUCUCUCAUUCUUCAACUCCACAAAAACUCACAAACACAUAACAGAGAUAAUAACAAUGCUCUUACGUGGCAGCAUAACCACUCCUCUCCAAUCCUCUCCACGCCAUACCAAUCUCAAACAACGAAACGUCACCGUUUCAUCUCAACCAAACCUCUCCUACCCACUCUCAAUCUCCGACGAAACACUAUCAUCACGAGGCUUCAUUCUCCGACGAACUACGGAAAAUCUGAACCUCGAAGCACUGAACAAAGUAUUCGUAGCAGUAGGGUUUCCGCGUCGCGAUCCAGAGAAAAUUCGCAUUGCGCUUGAGAAUACGGAUGCGUUGGUUUGGGUUGAAGAGAGAAAAACGCAGAAUGCAGUUGCGUUUGCGAGAGCAACUGGUGAUGGUGUUUUCAAUGCGAUAAUAUGGGAUGUUGUUGUUGAUCCUUCGUUUCAAGGGAUUGGACUUGGGAAAGCUGUUGUUGAGAGGUUGAUUGAGGAUCUUGUUGGGAGAGGGAUUUUGAAUAUUGCUCUUUAUUCUGAGCCUAGAGUUAUUGGGUUUUAUCGACCUUUGGGUUUUGUUGCUGAUCCUGAUGGGAUUAGAGGAAUGGUUUACUCUAGAAAACCAAAAAGAAAAUAAAAUAGUUCGAUUUUUUUUUUCUUUUUGUAUUUUAAUGAUGGGAUUUUUAAUUAA